AAGGUCGGCUGCCCUGUCCGGCAGGUGCUCUGCUGACAGCACCCUUCCUCCUACAGCUCAGCUCCUCACACAGACCUAAGGAAAAAAGAACAGUAACCAAGAAAAACCUGCCCAGAAUGCCACAAAACGUUAUUCUCCAAGGACCAGCACCCUGGGGAUUCAGGCUCUCAGGAGGAAUAGAUUUUAACCAACCCUUAAUCAUAACCAGGAUUACACCUGGAAGCAAGGCUUCAGCUGCCAACCUGUGUCCUGGUGAUGUUAUUAUAGCUAUUGAUGGGCUAAGCACAGAGAAUAUGACACACAACGAUGCCCAGGAGAGAAUUAAAGCAGCUGCACAUCAGCUUUGUUUGAAAAUAGAGAGGGCAGGAACUAAAUUAUGGUCCCCACAAGUUUCAGAAGACGGCAAAGCACAUCCCUUCAAGAUAAAUUUGGAAGCUGAACCACAGGAUAUGAACUACUUUGAACACAGGCAUAAUAUUCGGCCCAAACCUUUCAUAGUCUCAGGCCGAAGCAGUGGAUGCAGCACUCCUUCGGGGAUUGACUGUGGCAGUGGACGCAGUACCCCCUCUUCAAUUAGCACGGUUAGCUCUAUCUGCCCUACCGAGCUGAAAGCGGUGUCUAAGAUGGCCCCUAACAUUCCCUUGGAAAUGGAGCUUCCCGGUGUCAAGAUUGUACACGCUCAGUUUAACACACCUAUGCAGUUGUACUCAGAUGACAAUAUCAUGGAAACACUGCAAGGCCAAGUUUCUACAGCUCUGGGGGAAACACCUAUAAUAAGUGAUCCACCUCCCAACUCAGUGCCUCAGUCUGACGUGUACAAGAUGCUGCAUGCCAACCAGGAGGAGCCCAGUCAGCCUCGCCAGUCUGGCUCCUUUAAGGUGCUCCAGAAUUUAGUCUCCGAGGAAGAUGGACGCCCCAUGGGUACAAGAAGUGUGAAAGCACCUGUAACAAAGAUACCUACUGCCAUGCCUGGUGCCCAGAAAGUGCCUCUGUGUGACAAGUGUGGGAAUGGGAUUAUAGGAACAGUGGUGAAGGCACGUGACAAAUACCGGCACCCAGAAUGUUUUGUGUGCUCCGACUGCAAUCUCAACCUGAAACAAAAAGGCUACUUCUUUGUGGAGGGCCAACUAUACUGUGAAGCUCAUGCACGAGCUCGCAUGAGGCCACCGGAGGGAUAUGAAGCAGUUACCGUUUACCCAAAAUGCUAGUCUUAUGUUAGCGCACAAAUAUAUGCAUGCACACAAAAAGCCAUUAGCAGCUUAGAACUGCAGUACAAGUGUCAGGACUUCUGUCUGAUUCCAAAGUAGCAGCCUUUAAACCUUUUCUUGUGGGAUUCGGGGAGGUGGAAGUCCCUAUUAGCCAGCAGUAGCAUAUUAUACCAGUAAAAUUCUGCUAAAAUGUUAUCUUUGAAGUUGCCAAUAUAACUCAAUGAAGUAUAAACUAAAACAGCUGUACUGGAAUAAAAAAAGUGAAACAGCUAAGGUGUUAAAUUAUUACUGCAGCAUAUACAUAAGUGCUGUAACCAAGACAUUAUUUUUAACAUAAAUUAAGUAUCUGUGCAAACACCGAAGCCAAAGUGUUACAGGCUGGGCCCUAACAAAUGUAGGAACUCGACAGAUCAUUGGAAA